AUGAUCUUGUCCUAUGGUGGAAAGUACUACAAUGGAACCACAACCUGUGGUGGCUACUCGGACAUCAUGGUAUUAGAUGAGCACUUAAUGAUUAAAAUCCCCGACAACUUGCCUCUUUAUGCUGUUGCUCCUCUCCUUUGUGCUGGGAUCAUUGUCUACAUUCCAUUGAAGUACUACGGGCUUGAUAAGGCUGGAAUGCAUUUAGGGGUGGUUGGGCUUGGGCAUAUGGCUGUAAAGUUUGCUAAGGAUAUGGGCCUCAAAGUGACCGUCAAGGAUACCUCACCUAAUAUAAAGAAUGAAGCCGUGGUCCAUUUGGGAGCCGAUGCAUUCUUGCUUGUGAAGGGUACAAUGGAUAACAUUAUUGAUAGAAUCUCAGCUAUGCAUGCUCUUUUGUCUUUGACCGGUCUCUUGAAGGCUAAUGGAACGCUUGUCAAGGUUGGUGCACCGGAGAAGCCGCUUGAGCUACUUGCUUUCUCACUCCUCACGGGUAAGCGUAAGCAAGGUCUUUGA